GUAGCUCAAUGGUAUUUGAUCUAAACUUUGGAGUACUGCAUGCUUUGGGCAGGAUAACUGCACUGCAGCAGUUACACACAGAUACCAGCUUCAUCACCCUGUAACAAUGGGGUUAGUUCUCAAGGAGAACUCUCAGGAGUUAAAGGUGGUAGCUGCUGCCCCAUGGUUAACGCUGGAGGGGGAAGGAAACCUCACCACCCCACCUGCAAGCUGAAAACCAUAGGAGUAUGUUACCUUGGAAGAACUCCGAUCUCCUGCUUACAGAAGCUGACCCUGAUGGCCGUGAUGAAGCUGUAGAUAAAAGCACAACCUCAGCAGAAGCAGUUCUCAGUGUCUAAGGACUCCAGAGAAGCAAAACAACUCCACAAAAAGAGGCACCUUCAGAGCAAAGAUGAACAUCGGGCAAGCUUACAGUACCUUUAACAUCAGCAAUGGAACAGAUCUGGCUAUUGGCUUUACCUCUUCUGCAGUAGCUGUCCUUCUAUUUGGGACAAACUUUGUGCCUGUUAAGAAAUUUGAUACUGGUGAUGGCAUGUUCUUCCAAUGGAUUCUCUGUGCCUCCAUAUGGAUAGUUUCUUUGGUGGUCAAUUUAAUCCAGAAUUGUCCCCGGUUUUGGCCUCUGGCUAUGGUUGGGGGUUUCGUCUGGGCUACAGGCAAUGUUACAGUUGUCCCUAUUGUUAAAACUAUUGGCUUAGCUCUUGGUCUUUUGAUAUGGGCUUCUUUUAAUUUGCUGACGGGAUGGGCAAGUUCAAGGUUUGGUUGGUUUGGAAUUGACCCAGAAGAGGUUGCAAGACCAAUCUUAAAUUAUAUUGGAGCUGGACUUUCACUAUUAAGUGCUGUCAUAUUUCUUUUUAUAAAACCUGAAGUCCAGAGUUCUUCAGCUUCAUUAGAAAGCACGCCUUUACUGAGAGAAAGUUCUAUUAAUGUUUCUGAAGAUACCUCUGAUGACUCGUGGGUGAACAGACUUUCUCCAGCAAAAAAGAGACUCAUAGGAUGUAGCCUGGCCGUAGUAGCUGGAAUACUCUACGGUUCCAGUUUUGUACCAGUACUUUACAUCAAGGACCAUGGAAGAAGAAAUGAAUCUAUAUACACAGGAGCAAGUCAAUUUGAUUUAGAUUAUGUUUUUGCACACUUCAGUGGAAUCUUUCUCACAAGUACCAUCUACUUUUUGAUCUACUGUGCAGUUAGGAAAAAUAAACCUAAUGUUUAUCCCCAAGCCAUAUUGCCAGGGUUUGUUUCUGGUGUUCUUUGGGCAAUAGCCAAUUGCUGCUGGUUCAUAGCCAAUCACUAUCUCAGUGCCGUGGUCAGCUUUCCAAUAAUUACUGCAGGUCCUGGCCUUGUUGCUGCAAUGUGGGGAGUCCUUGUAUUUAAAGAAAUCAAGGGACUGAAAAACUACGUGUUACUCUCAGUAGCAUUUUGCAUCAUUUUAGCCGGAUCACUCUCCACAGCUUUUUCUAAAGUUUGAAAGGAUGUUCUGGACCAGUAGAUGGUGCUGCUGUUCAAUAUAAUUAGCUGCAAUACAUAAAAAUUUUCAAAAUGUACGUACCUACCUUGCUUCAGGAAAAUGAAAAAGAAAAAAAAAAAAAAACCUUUGCUAAAUGUUCCCAUUUGUCAUGAAAGAAAAUCUGGAAAUGUUUGUUUCUGCAUUUCUUGGAACAGUAAGAAUAUCAAAGGGUUUUAUUAAAUAAAGCUAAAUAAUUUUAUAGUUACUAAUUACUCUUUUUUUCUGGUUCAGGUACUAAACUUUAAGUCAUCAUAAAUUGCGGUUCACUGUUGGGAUGGUGGAUAAAGGGAUUUUAAUUCUUAGUCUCUAAUACUGUAUGUAUUUACGAGCUGAUUUGUUUUAUUAUAACAUGCUGUCUUACUGACUUGAGUAUAAAAUAUGUCUUGGAAUAUUCUUUGUGUAACUGAUACACAUGAAGAUGUGAAGCAUUUUUUUUAUUGAGAAGCAUUAUUCUUUAAAGUCAUUAGUUUACAUAAAAACGUUAUCUUCCAAUCACUUCAGAAUUUUGAAGGAGAUAUUAAAAAAACAGUGCUGUGAAAUAAAUUACUUGUGUUUGCUGCUAAACAGUUUGUUUAGUCGCAAGAACAUUAUGUAGAAAUCAGGAUGCAAAUAGUUGGGGAAGCUUGGUGGGUUUUGUAUGUUUGUAAACAUUACUUUUCUGUAUUGCAAUAUGAGCUAAGUAUGUGGUUCAAAGUUUUUUUCCAGGUAACUUUGGGCAUUUUCCAUAUGCUUACUUUCUUUUCUAUGUGGCAUAUUCAAAUCUUAAAAAUUAUGUAUGGCAGUAUUUAUUGCAUUGAAGCAUCAUGCUAAAACUACCCAAUGAUUCUUCUACCCAAUGCAAGGUCAUCUAUUUGUAAAUCACGUGACAGCUGUUGUCUACUCUUUUCUUUAAAAACAUAAAUAAAAGAAGUAGGUUUCACAACAUUUUUAGGCAAACUAACGAGCUUCUAACCACUUCUAACUACCUGUCCUGUUAGGAAAUCCUAAUAUCCAAAGGGAAUUCCCUAGGAGGUAUGUUAUGUCCACUGUUCCAUGACCGCCACUAACAUAGAGAACAGUUUAUUUUCAUUCUCAUGGCAGCUGACCUUUCUAUAGGCAAAGCACGUUGUCGGAACCUCCUCUUAGUCUUUUCUUCAGUAUAUUAGAUAACCCCAGUCCUGCAGUCUUCCACGGUUUGUCAUGUGCUCAUCACACUUUUCUUGCUCUUUCCUGAGCUCUCACUAAGUGGACUAGAUCUGUCUAGAAAAACUAGAUAACGGCAGUCAGAUUACAGCCUUACAAAAACCAAGAGCAGCAGUAAGCAUUUUUCUUUCAUCCACUUUGCAAGCUCUGUUUGUGGUUACGCAUCAUAGUAUGACACUUUGUGCCAUCAUGGCUUGAUAUUGUUCACAUGUUGAGAUUGCAAUCAGAACUUCUCCCUUCCACCCUUCUUUGUCUACUAUUUAUUACAUUUGAUCUUAGAACCGUUACUUAGCCCCGUUUUUCCCAUCCAGUAUUGUUUGUUCCUACGCAAAUGUCAGAAGUUGGUGUUUGACAGGUUUUUUCCCCCUUGAGGCAUUUCUCUAAUUUUGCUCUGUAUGUUAACCCCAUUCUCCAACAAGUUGGCAGCAUUUUCCAGCCAGAUGUCACCUACAAAUUUAAUAAACAUACUCUCUAAUUAUUCUAAACGGUUUAUGAUAGUGCUGCAUGAUACAUGCCAUUACUUACUUUUUGGAAUGCAAUGUAAUACUUCUUUUCACUCUGACAGGGCAAAAUUGAUUACUCUUUUGAGUACCAUUUCCCUCUGUCUUACCAUAGCCUUAUUUAGACUGCAUCCUCUCAGCUUUUAUGUAACAUCUGGUACAGUUGUUCAGGUCAAGAUACAUGAUGUGUACCAUCGUAAUACCCGAUAUUGGCAAGAAAGCUGGCCAGUUUUCUUUUCAAUAUCCAGGUCAGACACAAUUUCUUCUUGGCAGAUCCUUGACUGUUACUUACUUAGCCAUUCUAUUGACUCAGACAAGGAGAAGUAAUUAGUUCACGUGUUUCUGAAAUAAAUUGAAUUAAAUUUGACAUUUAGAAUUUCGCUGGAUCUGUUUCCCCUUUUCUUAAAGAUCACAAGAACUUUAUGUCUGUAUAUAACUGUAUAUAACUGUUUAUAACUGUAUUUCUGGAAUAUACUCCAUGCCAGAAAAUUGCUGAUAAACAAAGAAUUGGUGAAACCAACAUAUGGUGUUUUCAGGCUUCUCUACUUCAGAGAUAUGAUUUAGUAUGUCAGUUCCUUCCCUGUCAGCAUUAGUUCUUCUUAUUUCUGUGACAGUGUUCACAGUUGCGUUAACCCUGACUGUGUCAUCUGUUUAAGAGCGAAGGAACAAGGGUGCUGUGCACUUUAGUUUAUAAUGUCAUCAUUGCUGAGUAGUGGCAGAUUAUCUCUUAUUUCCACAUGCUUACUGGCAAAAAUACUAGUCUUGUAAGUCACUAUUUUGCUAAAAUAAUUACAAUGCAAUAUAAUAUUUAUAAGGAUGGCGUGAUUACAGCACCAAUCCACUUUGAUGAACAAUUGCUCAGGAAGGAUCAUCAUCUGUUUAGUUUACUACUACCUGUAGGUCAACUUCCACAUUUGGCUAAAGGCUGCAAGUACAGUCUACACUAUUCAGUGAGGUAUAUUCGUCACUAGUUUAUGCUGAGUGCCUCAGCCUGGAAAAAUGGUUGGAAAAUGUUCAACCAGAACUCUCAGGGAGGAGAACAUCCCUGAGACAAUGAACUAGUCUGUUCACACUACUGCUUCCAGGGUAGAACUAGCUUUUAAGGAGUGCGUAAGAUCCAUAUUGCACAACACGUAUUUCAGGUCCCAGACAUCCCUAGAGCACCUUCAGAGGAGAACAAAAGCAAAGGUCACAGAAUCAAGAGAUACAAGAAUGCAUGGCAUGAUUAAAAAUUGAGCUAAGCAUCAGAAAACCAAAGACGCCUUGUCUAGCAGAGCAAAGUUCUGGGAGGAAAAAGGAGCAGGGGAGCAGAUGAAGCUGUGUGAAGAUGUUACAAGGUUAGGUGUGUUGCAGAGCAGAAACAGAGCACGGUAUCUCCUAGUCAUCUUCCACAGCUGGACAAGCCAUAGUACUCACUGAGUAGUCAAUGCAGAGGGGCUGUCACAAGGCUGGUGGGCCUGCACCAGCUCUGCUUGGUAAUCUGCAUCCCCAGCUGUGCAAGAAAUAAACAAGCAGGAUUGCUCAAGCCCAGUUGCUGCGGGACCUAGUUUACCCCUAACCUUGGCCAGCUGUUUCCCAUCCUACACUACAGUGAGGUUCCAUAGGCCUUCUCUGCUACUGCAGUCUGUUGAAGCUCUGUUUCAUUUGGUGCAGUGAGUAUCCUGAGUAAACGCCUUCUUGGGUUUUUCGGAUUUUUAGCCCAUAACUUAUAGUGACAGGACAAGCUGGCCACUAGUGCUGUAGUGGAAGUGUUAUGAUAGGUUAGCAAGUAGUAGAAAAAUUUGUCCUGGCAAUGCCUUGUUUUACUUGCCUUGCUUCAGAUUCUGUUUUGCUUGCUGCAUUUGUUAUUUGUUCAAGAUAAAUCUGAAAAUGCACAAGGAGACUGAAUCUGUUACAUCCAUCCCUUAUUAGAGGACUGGUUUGGUCCAUCAGGAGAUGGUUGUGCAAAAAAAUGAAGCUGGUUUGUACCUCGGCAGUUGAGAUGCAUUUAGGUUUGGGUUUAAACUGUUACCAUAUGCUUCAGUUUGCUUUAACUGAAGAGUCUUUUCUAAUAUUAUCUUAAGCUUCUACUGUCUCUCUGAAGUUAAUGUCUGGUAUGGGCCCAGCAUCCAUCUACUGGAUAUGAUUAUAGGGAACCGUUGAAUGUUCCAGGGCAGGAGCACCUUUAGAUCUCUGGAUUUCUGUAUGAGGUCAUUGGCUUUCUGAGACAAACCAAAAAACUGAACUCCUGACCAUGGCAAUUGCCUUGUAAAUGUAUGUACUUUGAUGCAGUUCUCUAGUCUAUAUUGUAUGGCUAUCAGAUGUGCAAACUUAACUGCUGACUGCUAGGGCAUUAAUUAAAAUUCUUGUCUGUGAAGGCUCAAGUAUGGCCUUUAUUUAUUUAUUUAUUAUUCUUAGCAGCUAUCCUAUUGGAUUUUUCUUGCCAAUAGCAAAAAAAAAAAACCCACCUCUUGCAGCUCUUUUCUGUGAAAAAUCCCUUGUGGUAAUUCAUCAUGAUUUAUGGUUUAAAUAUGUAUUUAUUCCAAAAUAUUUUCUGAGGAUGUUCACUUGGA